ACGGGGUAUAUAAAGAAGUGCUCCCAACAAAUGAAAUCAUCAGUUCCUUUCCUCAACAAGAUGAACAAGUACAUCGUUUUAGCUACUUUGGUCGCCGUGGCUAUGGCCAAGCCGCAAGGUUAUGGGGCAGCAGCCGGUCAACAGCAACAGGGGUACGGAGGCCAAGCUGGACAACAACAGCAGAAGCCGGCAUAUGGAGCUCAGUCCGGUGCGGCUCAACAGCAACAAGCCUACGGUGCUCAGGCCUCUUCUUCCACUGGAGCUGGACAAGGUUAUGGGGCUCAAAAUGGAGCUGCCCAACAGCAACAAGGCUAUGGCUCUCAGGUCUCAGCAGUUGCUGGAGCUGGACAAAACUAUGGAGCUCAGUCUGGUGCCGCCCAACAACAACAGGGUUAUGGUGCUCAAGUCUCAGCUAGCGCUGGAGCUGGACAAGGUUACGGUUCACAAAACGGAGCUGCCCAGCAGCAACAGGGUUACGGAGCAUCCAACACUCAGCAGAAACCAACUAGUACUUACAACAGCAACGGCAAUGGAAAUAAACCAUCCGCAUCCGCUUCAUCCUACCAACAGGAGCAACCCCCGAUGCCAUACGAAUUCGCUUGGGCCGUCAAGGAUGAGCCAACCAAGAACGAUUACGCCCAUGAAGCCAAGAGCGACGGCAACGUUGUGACUGGAUCUUACCGCGUUCUGCUUCCCGAUGGCCGCACUCAAAUCGUUUCUUACCGAGCUGAUGAGAACGGCUACGUCGCAGAUGUGAAAUACGAAGGUGAGGCUCAAUUCCCUGCACCAUCCAGCGGUAACGGAAAUUACGGGAACGGCAAUGGCUCUGGAAAUGGAAGUAACAACUAUGGAAAUGGAAACAGCAGCGGCAACAACAAUUACGGAAGCGGCAACGCUCAAGUGAACAGCAACAAGCCUACCGCGUCAUAUUAAUAUUUUUCAAAUACAUCCAUUUCGACUUCUCAUUUGAUGCAACAAAUUUUAUAAGAAUCAUAAUGAAAUUGCGCUCAGCCAAUUGAAAAGAAAUAAACCUAUUCAAGUAAA